UUGCGAACAAAUGCCUUGUCAAACUUGGUGGCUAACACGAAACUUGCUGCAGGUACCCAAGGGGACAUUCUAUUCUAUUUCUGGUAUGGCUCGCAAACGUGGGGCAGAAGAACCUACAAGUGACUUACGUGGAUCGAAAACAAAGAAAAAGAAUGGAAAGGAGAAAGCCUCUAGCAGUAAAAUGGUGAGUGAGGAAGGAAAGCCUCCUAAAGUCGAGCAGCAGAAAUCUCAGAAGUUGUCAGAGGAAGUAAUAGUGGAGACAGACUGUGGUGGACCCUUCACACUCACGGCCUCUGAGCCAACACGCAACACGAGAGGGGAGUUAGUGUUUGAUGAUGAACCAGAAUUCCUGCCUAACUUGACCCCCAAGGAGGUGCUGCAAGCUGGCAGUUUUGGUGGAACAUACUUCCGGCCCAUUAAGUCCAGCAUAACUGGGGAAUCAUACUCAGGGGUGUGGAAGGAGCUGCCCAAAGAUUGGUUAGAAGGUCUUAAUAUCAACAAGCAGAUUGCAUCUAAAAUUUAUGAUGGAAAAGUGAACAAAUAUGGUGCCAAAUGUGGAGGGUCUCUGGAGAUGUGGGAACAAAGUGGCUGGAUGCACAAGCAAGACCCAUAUGGCUGGUUCAUGUGGUACUGCAGGUUCUAUCGUGGUCGUCGUUCAGAAGAUGAUGAAAGGCAAAUAGGCCGAUGGCAGAGAUGUGCUGGGAAUAAAGGAAGAUGGCGUCAGAAUCUUGUCACUAAGAUUGUGCGAUCAGGUUGUGCUUUUGACAAUCCUGCGGUUUCACCGGUGGUGCGUCAGACUCUCUUACACUGGGGUUAUGACCUUUCAGAAGAUGACUACAAGAAGGGAGUUAAGAGAGUCAAGAUUUGAUAAGUGAUACUAGUCACAUUUAUAUGUACAGGUACCUGUGCUGUAAUCAACUUUAACACACCUCAUAAAAUAUGGUUAUACAGUACACAAGUUUGACAUGUUACUCAGGUUAUAUGCAGUACCUGUACUGUAUUAGGAGUUAGCUUGUAUACUGAACAAGAAAGCCUGUUUAGUUAACAAGGCCCCAGUUUGUUAAUGGAGGAGUUUUAUUGCCAUUGAUGUUAAUAUUUAGUGAUACACUAUUCAUUUCCUGUUUAUUAAGUACAAUAUUAUACACCCUUGGCACACUAUAGGCUGGGAUUUUAGACAUGACUGGUUGAGAAUUAAUCUGUUGUAUUUAAAGCUAAGAAACUCUGGUUAGAUCUAAGCCCAAUAAAGCACAGCUCAGUAUAAUAUAUUUAAGCUUUAAUUAAGGUUUUUAAUGUAUGUUCCAUCACACUUUCAUUUUUAAUUAAAUUUAUAUAUAUGGUAUACAGUAUAUAUAUGGAGGAUUUUAUGUUUUAUUAUGAAUUUCCAAAAUAGGUUUCCUUUCCAAUGAAUAUUACAGAAGGCAGGACAUAGGCAUUAUCACUUAUACAGCACAAUGGUGAUGACUGUCGCAGCUUCAAUUUUACGUUUGUUUUUGGACAUCACUGUUUUAUGGGUGUCGUUACAUAUAUUUAUAUAAAGCAGGGGUAAACUUAAAACACAUUUUUAUUGUUGUGAUUAUUAAUUUUGCCUUAUCCCUUAUCAAAUAAUACAAAAUAUUCUACAUAAUGAGCAUCAACAGCAGUAUUACUGUAUAUACUAUUCUGUCAACUAGUAUCACUACAACGGACAACUGUACAAACAAAACAACAAGUAUACAACUUUUAAUGCCUCAUCAAACAAAGACAUUCGAAUAUGCACAUCAGAAACUUCACCAUAAAGAAUAUCACCUGGAAAUAGUUUGGCACUACAGUACAUGUAACAAUAAAAAAGGAGUGAACUCUAUACAUUA